AUGCAAGACAUGCGUAUGUUUAAUGUAUGUGCUCUGCUCAGCCACAAUGACAGCAGUGCCGAUAUCAUUCGAGGGGGGUUUGGAGGUUUUCCGAAUGGAAUGUGUUUAGAAGAUUUUCGUACUUUUGUACUUCAGAACGUAUUAUCGAAGCCGGAGGGUGAAGAGGGUACCGAAACGCGUCGUUGUACAACAUCUAAAACAACCAUUAUGAAUUUACUUACGGAUGUGGAUGCAGAAACACUGAGAAUGAGAAGUGGUGGUGCCAGCGGUCUUCAACCGCGGUUUUCAAAGCAACCCUUGUUCUCUUUUUCACGAAGGAAAUCUGGCAAACCGCGCAGCUUUGGUUCGGUUCUCAUGGAGGCGGAUGAAAAUGAUAAACUUUGUCAUUUGGACUACCUUUUUAGCCUUGUAGAUUCCGAUCGUGAUGGAUUUAUCACAUGGGAUGAUAUGUUACAGCGUGCUGUAGAGGAGGCGACACAAGACAUUACAUCGGCACUUCAGAGUAUGCACUCCUACUCCUUCUUCCGUUCCUCCACAAGAUCGAGGGCCAUAAAGUCGAUUCACGGACUUCCGCAGCAUAAAUCCCUUUUUGCUGUCGUCACAGGUUCUCAUCCUCUAACUCUUAUGAAGAGGUCAGACUUCAGUAUAGCCAAGCAGUUCACACCGAGGGAAGUUGGAGGUGCAGCACCGACCUCAGUGGAGUACCUUCCGGGACCUGAUAUUUUACUAAGUUAUUCUAGGGACGACGCGACAAUUCGUGGUUGGUGGAACUUUUUGUCCGUUAGCCGCAUGGGUGUCAUGAAUCCCUUACAUCUGGAUGGGAUUGUGCGAAGAUUGAGAUUAGGGAACAGUUCUCUUCCUUACUCUUUCUUCACAGCCGGGAGCAAUGGCAACAUUCAGCACUGGAAGGUACCCAAACAACGAUACGUGUGUGAUAUGGUUAGCGAGCACGUAUACAAGGGCAUUCACUCGUGUGAAAGCGGUGGCAUUAUUGACUUUGUAAUGACUGAUGAAUGGUUCUUCUCCGUGGGGUUUGAUCAUCGCGUGGUCUCGACGAAUGUAGAAACAGGUCGUUCCGUUGUUAUGGGUCAGAUGACGGAGACCAUUCGGUUUGUAGAGUAUAAUAAACCUUUUAAUUGUUUUCCGUGUGUCACAUAUGGAAACGAACUCUUACUGUGGGAUGUUCGUUCCUCGUCCGAGUCUCGUAGUACACCACUUGUCGACGACUCAUUUAAGGUUCACAGAGGGAGUGUAAUUGGUUUAACCAAUGCACCGGGACUGCCGCAGGUGAUCACAGCAGACAACACAGGGAGAAUAAAAAUAUGGGAUCUUCGGCUUCUUCGUUGCGUGCAGACGCUGUUUGCUGACGGGUCUUCCGAGAGUGACUUUAGUUUGGACAUGGUGGGCAAAGAGUUAAACGGGUCAAAAAAUGGUACUUCCCACAACUCUAAGAACUUCAAAACUGGAAAAAGUCGAUGUAUUUCCUCCUUUUGUUACUUUGCCAACACACAUGAAAUUGUGUCUAGCUCGGCUGACGCAUUAGUUUCGCUGCGAUAUGAUCGCCGUAGCGACUGUACUAUUGCCGAUGCCGACGUCUUAUAUUACGCAUGCUUUGAUGAGCAGCAUGAACUAAUUGUAUUACAGGGUCCUACCCGUACAAGUGUGUGGGACGCUAAAGGCGGUUACCGGCGCUCGCUUUUUGAUCGAGUCACCCAAUCGGAUAUUCCUAUUGGCAGGUAUGAAGUUGUUGCCAUGUGCGUCGACCCGAUACGAAAUCGUAUAUUUUAUGCCUUAGCUGAAGGUGUCAUUGAGGUUCGUUCAUCAAAGGAUUAUGUACUGAUCGACACCUACUCGAUGCACAAUUCAGAAAUAAGGGAAAUGUGUUUUAGUUACAAACACAACAUGUUAGUUAGCAUGGCUGAGAAUGGGGUGAUUUCUGUUCGCAACGAAAAGCGAUCCGUGCCAUGGACGAUGAGUAUUUCCGUCUCCAAAAGAAAGUUGCGAUCCCUCAUUUUGAGCGACGAACUUGGUUUUAUUUGUUGUUGUGACGACCAUUACAUUUAUUUUAUCGAUUACAGGCAAACGUCCCUCGUCCCUUUCCCCAUAGAAGCGCCGUUCCCCGUACACGUGAUGGCUAUAUUCGGUACAUUACCAGUACUGGCACUCGGAAGUAAGGAGGGACAGAUUGUUCUGUGGUCACUUCCACCCGCAGAAGUGAGUUACACAAUGUUAGCUUCCAUCAACUUGGAAGGUAUUGCAAAGUCUCAGGGCCAAAAACCAAUCGCACGGCCUAAAAAGGAUAAUGAGGACAGUUCAUCACUUGGAAAUGAAACUACAUGGCUGCCACUUGGACUUGGUGAAACCAAGGAAUACAAAUAUCAAGAGGAAUUAUUACCAUCCGUUGCCGCGGCAUCCGUCAAGGCAAGUAGUGAGUCCUGCGACAGUUCCCUGUGCAGUUUACUGCGUGAAAUUUGCCGCAAAGAAUCCAGUAGCUUGAUUACAGCCAUUGCAUUUGAUGACGUUUUGCACAACCUUUUCGUCGCAGAUGGAAGCGGUAAAAUAUUUGUUUACUCUCUUUGUCCCUUGGUGCAGGACUAUGGACUACUGCCUUGCUCAUUUGAGAAGCGCACAAGGUACAGGCUUCGGGAUGUGCCGAGAGAUUCAAGGCUAUCGAAUACUCCUCCACUAGCGCACACCAUCACCGCCCAUCACUCAGCCGCAAACUACAUGACGUGGUUUCCUGGUCUGCGGGUCAUUAUAUCAUGUGGAGGUGACUCCAAUGUAAAACUUUUUGACGUGGACGGAAGGGAGGUUGGGCAAUUGCUCAUGACACGCCUUCCCCCGAGGCCCGCGUUUGACGCGGUGAAUAAUGAUCGUGAAAGUAGACCAGAAACAGGUACCGUUGUGGUCAAGGAAGCUCCAUAUUGCCUUCCUGCUGAUACGGGCACCACAAAGAAAUGUGUAAGUUGUGCUCUGAUGGAGGAACGAAGGCAGGAGGUUACCGCGUUUAUCACGGAGGAGGAUAACUCGGCGGCUCUCGGCGUCGGUCCACUCCCGUCCAUCAACAGGAAGCAACACAACAGAUCGGCCUUGCGCAGUGCUCGCAAAGCACCUUGUGUAACCCUCGGGGCAUUCAUGAAAGCAGAAGAAGAGAAAAUCCCGGAGGUCGUUGAAGGGGAUGUAAAACCACAGCCGGUUCCCGCCGCGACUCCGGAAAUCACUUGGUUAGCAGCACUAAAGAGGAAGAAAUGGCACCAUGCAGCGGAGAGGUCUCGUGGCACGUACAUCCACAACAGUGAUAUGAUGACUCGCCCUGCAAAAAUAGUUGGAUCUUUGCCCGACUCGAAGGUUGAGUCCGGUGAGGACCUGCCAAACAACUUGAGGCGUAACGCAAAUCUCCUCGAAAACGUAUUGAAGGGAAUAGACCCGUCUGUUGUUGGAUUAACUAGGACGAAAAAACCAGGUACAGCGGUGACACCGCCACCAGGAGGUAAAACUAUAUCAGAAUCAGGGGAUGUCGGAUUGAAAAAACUUACUCUUGCUGGUAUUCAACUGAGUCCACGUCCUUUCAACAGUGCACUUUCGCCCGGAACAAAAACUCCGCGGUCCGGGUAUCGAGGCAAAGUACAACCGAUAAAAAUGUCUGCUCGCGAGAAGUGGGAGUUUUGCACCGGUGAACCCUUCGACGCACAACACAACGUGGGAGAAGACGAUGUAAGUAGGCAGUUAGAUGAACUUGUUCACAUGUAUGAAAAGGAAAUGCAUCGUUGCUUCCGCGGUGGGAAGAGACAUGAGAAAAUUAAAAAGAACAAAGCCUCAUUCCUUCAAGACAGUUCAUAG